AUGUCUUCCCAAUUACUUAUAAAUAUUCCAACUCCUUUCACAAAAUUUAACACACUUCUACCUUUAUGCCCUAAUAACACGCACAGAAUAGAAAGAGAUUUAAUAUCAAAAUUAGAUAGAGAUUUGUUCUCUAAUACAAGGAGGACUGAUUUUAACAUUGCUGCUACCACCUCUACGAUCACUUUCACUAAUACGACACAGUUACCAACUUCUCACCCUCAAUAUAUAAAACCAACUACAAAUAAUGUUAUUACUGAUCCAGGUUGUACACAAUCGUAUUUACCAUCGCCUCCAAGAUCUCCAAAAAUUUUUUCAAUGUCGUCCACAACAAUCAGAUCUAACACACUAACCCCACCACCAGAACCUUGUGAAAUGAAAUCACCAGAGGUAAUCACUAUAGCAAGCAAAAUUCCUCUUUUCAGAAGACGCAAGAUAAAUUACAUAAAUAAAGAAGUAGUAACUGCUGAAAAUGGUCCAGUGAUCUUGAAACUUUGUAAUAUAAAUUAUCCUACUACUCCUUUGAAUUCUUCAUCACAUCAACGGAUACAGUCAGCUACUACAGUGUCAUCUACAACAGCACCAACACAAAAAAACAUGCCUUUGGCUGUGCCCAUUCCAUCAACAAGACAAAGGAAAUUCCGUUGUAAAACAUGCUCAAUGGCGUUCACUACAUCUGGUCAUCUAUCAAGACACAAUAGAAUUCAUACAGGGGAAAGAAACUAUACCUGUCCAUACGAAGGUUGUAAUCAGAGGUUUUCCAGACAUGAUAAUUGUCUACAACAUUAUAGAACUCAUUUGAAAAAACAACAAAGAAGAAGAAGAAAAUGA